UCACACACUUAUUAGUUUAUCAUUGAUGUCUCCCAACAAAUGUGCCGUGUUUUUGCAGAGAAUUUCAAUGAAGAUCUUCCAUGCAUUUCGAAAAACAUGAAAUAUUGUGUAGUGUGUCUGUUUUUCACCUUGCUGUUUGACCUUGGACUAGGAAUUAGGGGAUUUUCAAAUUACCUCCGCUGUACCAACGAGGUCGCUCUACCGGCCAGAGAUCGAGACGCAGAAUGUGAGCGGAAGGCAGAGGAGGGUUCUUGUGAGUUUUUCGCCUGUUAUGAAGAACGCUUCCCAUGCAGAAGAUGUGGAUAUGCUGCCAACCCCGAGCGUAACUUCUGCAGGAGAUUCUACCAUCCCAACAACUACAGAAACUUUGACUUACAGGGUCAACAAUGGAUCGCAUCCGCUCACCUGUGUCUCAACAGGAUAAUGUUGUCUCUGUAUGUCCAGAACAGGGUCAGCUGUGCUGUCAGUAUGAGUACAAUGAUGAGCGCCGUUGCACAGUGCUACCUAGGCAACCCUGAACUGUCUUUCUGUGAAGUUUUCCAAAGAAAUCAACAAGCAUUUCUUCAAUUGUACGACAGUCGGGACCUACCUGCGAUGUUAAGGGCAGCUGAAGAAUUACGUGAACUGAGGGAGUUCUGUGGAAUACCAGACCACGUGUUCCCGUUUUCACCGAUACAUUAGUGAUCAGCCGUGUGUUGUGUUUAUCAUGAAACAAGCACGGACGCCUCUCGUGUCAUUCUUGACACACGGACGUGGUUUGACACGCCGAAUUAGCCGGAUACGUGUCAUGCAUAUUCAUGAUUGGACGCCAUGGACGGCUACUUUUUUUACUAUCUAUAUGUACUAUGUUCAACGAAGCAGCACCAUAUGGAUUAAAACUGAUCAAAGAAAAGUUACAGGGAAUUUAAUCAAAGAACAAAACACGCAGACUUUCAUUAUAGAGAAGACACACGAACUUUCAUCAAAGUGUAAUGGUGAUGUAUAAUUUGCAGGUUAUCGCUAAUAAAACGACUAUACAGUUGUAGCUUCCAUACUCAUUAAACAGUGAUUUCUUCUGAGGAAUAGUGAAAUAUGUUUAAGAUAUAGCAAUAUCUCGUUAGAUCAUUAUCAUUGAUGAAUGUUUACUGGCUUUAAAACACUUUUUAACUUGGCUGAUGUUUGUAAACAAUGAUACAAUGAAAAAGCCGAAUGAAGUCACGUGGUUGCGAGUGACGAGUCUAUACAGCGUUUUUGCUUACGAACAAUAAUUGGCCAAAUUGGCAGGUAUUUACAUUUUUUUUCGUCACUACACGGAGGGGAAUCACGUGAUCUGAAGAUACGAAUUCAAAAUGGUGGCCACCAGUGUAGAAAGCAUAAAAUGAGGUAAGACACUGAAAAUACUCAUUACAUAGGCUUUUCAUUGUAGCUAGCAUAUUCUAUACUCUAAUCUAGACAUAUCCAUACCUCAUGUGUUCUGGAACAGUCCGUAGUUUUCCGUAACAUUCUGACCAACAUUUUGAAUCGAAUUCGUCAGUGGAAUCUUUUCGAUUCGAAAUUUUGGUCAGAAUGUUACGGAUAACUACGAACUGUCCCAGCACACAUGAGGUAUGGAUAUAUCUAGAUUUGAGUAUAGAAUAUGCUAGCUACAAUGAAAAGCCUAUGUAAUGAGUAUUUUCAAUAUCUUACCUCAUUUUAUGUUUUCUGCACUAGCGGCCGCCAUUUUGAAUUCGUAUCUUCUGACCACGUGAUUCCCCACCGUGAACUAAGCAAGCCAAAGUUUUGUGGUAUGGUUUCAACAAAAAAAAUAUUAUACUACUGAUGAUAUUUUUGAAUGGUGUUUUUGUUGUUGUUGUUUUUUUCAGUUAAAGUCGCUUUAAAGGCAUACAUAAUCAUUGUUCAGAUUUCAAUAACAGUUUAUAUUUAACACCCCACAUAAAUCAGGGUAAAUAAAUAACGACUAUUUACUAACAUCAAACAGCUCAUUCAAUGCAGUGUGUGAUAACUAGUGUAUGACGAUUACUCGACAAAGGCCCCAUUGUUUCGGACAAGCCUAUAUAACCUUCUGGUAAAAGUGGCGUUUUCCGAAGUGCACAAGCAAUGCUGCUGAUUUACAAUACGUCAUUAA